AUUUCAUCAGCAUAUCAAAACGAUUCACGAACCUCGAACGAAGUCAAAGUCGUUACUAUUACUAAUCUUACUAAUCUUAGGCUAGGCGGUAUUGUUGUUGACUGUAUCCUUACAGUCUUAAAGAAUUACACUCAAGGAACAGCCUUGUUGAAGAAUAUUAUCCAGACAGGAGCUAUUAGCAGCUAUGUAGUGCAAAGUGUUAAUGUCACUGAUUAUAACGAAUGUAAUAACCCUCAAGAUUACUCUUGUGUUGGAAAUCAGCAAUGUAUCAAUACAGUAGGCUCUUAUACUUGCAACUGCUCAACUGGAUAUCAAUUUAAUGCAUCACUUCAACUAUGUAUUGGUAGGCGUUAA